AAAUUUUCUUCUUCCUAGUUGAAAACUUAUAAAAUUUACCUUAUACGUAACUGCAUUCAUAUUAUUAAAUAUAAUUGUUUAUAUUGAUAUUAAAUCUUUUUUAUCGUAUGUGCGUAAAACGCCAUCGACGUCGUAUCAUAGACGUUAUACAAUCAUUCACGUGCGAGAAUGAUUGUAUUAGCAAUUAAAUAAAAAACGACGUCACAUUUGAUGACCGCAUCGUCGAUCAUAUAUUUACGUGAGCAUCGACUCGUAACGCGUAAUCAUCUUUAAUGCAAAUAUUGUCACUUAAUAAUUAUAAUAAUACUUGUUUUACGCGUGUACUUUAUGAUUUAUAUAGAAUUAUCUUUCCUUCCUUUUUUUUGCUUUAUUUUUCCUUCCCUCUCUUUGUUUUUUAUUGUUGUUUAUCUUAUUCUAUUGAUUUGAAACAUCUCGUUUGUUAUAUUCUGUUGCAGUUAUUCCUCCUCCUCCUGCCAACGUCAAAACGCAAUGUUCACUGCCAAUCAUUCUUAGGUACGACAGAUUUUUUUUUAGAGAUGGACGUGAUCGGUUAUAAUCAUCAUCACGAGAUCUCGAGUAUAGUAAACGACAUAGACGGGGGUGAUCUCGAAGAGUGUAGUCAAUACGACGAAGAGAGCGAAGAAAUCGAACCUUAUUUAGAUAUCGAUCGGAAUUUGUUGACUCUCGAAGAGUUAAACGACGAUGAGGAUGAUAAAAAGUACAAGUUUCCCUUCAGGAGAAGCCUUUUUGACAACGUACCACCAUACAUAGCGUUUGAAUCGUUUGACGGUAAGGGUCUGCCGAUACCCUACGAAGUUAGGAAACACCUGAAAUGGCAAUUAAGUACUAUAACACCGUUCAUCGUACGCCGUACUCUCGUAAAUUCCGGUUUUCGGCUGAUGAAGAAGUCCCGCGACUGGUCCGGUACUUGGGGCAAAUACAUGAAGUCAGUUUCUUACAAGAACUUGAAAGAGUAUCAAAAGGUCAAUCACUUUCCUGGUACCUUCCAAGUUGGUAGGAAGGAUCGUUUGUGGCGUAACGUCAGUAGGAUGAUGGUUAAACACGGUAAACGUGAAUUCGGUUUCGUACCAAGAACUUAUUUGUUGCCGCAAGACUUGCGUUGUUUUCGUCAAGUAUGGGAAAAAUCGUCGGGUAAUAAGGAAAAAUGGAUAAUAAAACCACCUGCGUCGGCUAGGGGAAGAGGAAUUCGCGUGGUACAUCGUUGGGCUCAAAUACCAAAGAAACAUCCAGUAGUCGUCCAACAAUAUUUGUCCAAACCUAAAUUGAUAGGCGGUGCUAAAUUCGAUUUACGUUUAUACGUAUUGGUAACGAGUUUUAAUCCACUCAAGAUUUAUCUAUACCCGGACGGAUUGGUACGAUUUGCUUCGGUUAAAUACGUCGAUGAUAUUAAUUAUCUAAGCGAUCGUUUUAUGCACUUAACGAAUUACAGUAUUAACAAGAGCAACUCGACAUAUACGAGCAACGAUAGGGCCGAUUCCUGUACCGGACACAAGUGGACCUUGAGAACGUUAUGGUCUUAUUUCGAGAGAGAACACAUUAACGUUUCGAAAAUAUGGUCGAGCAUGAAGGACAUCGUUAUUAAAACUAUGAUAUCGGGCGAAUCGUCGAUCAAUGCACUCAGCCGACCUAACAUACAAUCUAGAUAUUGUUGUUACGAAUUAUUCGGAGUCGAUAUAAUUUUAGACGAAAAUUUAAAACCAUGGUUGCUCGAGGUCAACAUAUCACCGUCGUUGCAAUCCUCUUCGUUGCUGGACAAUGCAGUUAAAGGUCCCUUAAUAAAAAAUGUCUUCAAUAUAGUUGGUUUUCAGCUACCACGUACCGUACCUGCUGAUGACCUAGACAAAAUAUCACAAAAAUAUCAAAUAGAUCCGGUUUGUAUAGAUCUAAGACUUCACAGGACUACAUUGAGUUAUCAGGAAAGACACAAACAAUCUUUGUACGCUAAUUUACGGGAUCGCGAGGAUUACAUCGAUGAAAUUAUCGAGGAUUUAACGCCAGACGAUGUUCGCCAUUUAAUAGCAUACGAGGACGAAUUAACGCAAUUAGAUCAAUUCGAAAAAAUCUUCCCAACUAAUAACAGCCACGAGUACAUGCAAUUCUUUGACGUACCAAGAUAUUACAAUAUGCUUCUCGAUGCAUGGGAAUUUGCCUACUCCGAUAAUCGAGAAAAGGGGAUCUCAAGAUUGCAAAAACUCUGUCAAGCCAAUUAUCAUCUCGAGCAACAAGUUGUUUAUUAAAUUUUUAGAUACUUUUUUCAUAUUAUUGGAAUCGCGUGUACAAAUUUCAAUCUGAAUUAUGAAACCUUUUGAUUUUUUGUUUUUUUUUCUAAUCGAUUAUAUAAAACGUCCUUUAUAAUAUAUAUAGCGUAUUCGCGUAUCAUUAUUAUUGUGUUCCAUCGAUUGAUUUUGCUUAAACGUAAGAAUAAGCAAUUCUAAUAACGUGCCUUUGUAAAAUUAACGAUUACGCUAACAAAAAUGAUUGUAGACACAAUUUGGAAAUUUAAUAAAAAUGUUUUAUUUUGUCCC